CAGUCUCAGCGCCGUAAACGGGAAAGCAAGCGGCCGGUCCCGCUCGGAGAUAAACUUAUCUUGGGGGGGAAUUUGGGAGAAGGGUGCCGCUCUGGGCGAGCUUGUUCGCGUCUCUAUGGUGCCAAGCGCUCGUGGACGCCGCUCCCGCGCGUCGGGGCGGACGUUGCCCCUUUAAUCGGCGGAGGGCGGUGCGGAGGAGGUCCCGCGAGAGCGACGGGGGACGGGGGGCGGUGCCGAGGCUGGGGGCCUGUGGCAGAUGGAGCCCGAGAUGGAGCCGGAGACUCUGGAGGCGCGAAUCAACAGAGCCACAAACCCCCUGAACAAGGAGCUGAAUUGGGCCAGCAUCAACGGUUUCUGCGAGCAGCUUAAUGAGGACUUCGAGGGGCCUCCACUUGCCACCCGGCUGUUGGCCCACAAGAUCCAGUCACCACAGGAAUGGGAGGCAAUCCAGGCCCUGACGGUGCUGGAAACGUGCAUGAAGAACUGCGGCAAGAGGUUCCACGAUGAGGUGGGCAAGUUCCGCUUCCUCAACGAGCUCAUCAAGGUCGUGUCUCCCAAGUACCUGGGCUCUCGGACAUCGGAGAAGGUGAAGAACAAAAUCUUGGAGCUCCUCUACAGUUGGACAGUCGGCCUGCCUGAGGAGGUGAAGAUUGCAGAGGCCUACCAGAUGCUAAAGAAACAGGGGAUUGUGAAGUCAGACCCCAAGCUUCCAGAUGACGCCGCCUUUCCCCUUCCUCCUCCACGGCCCAAGAAUGUGAUCUUUGAAGAUGAGGAGAAAUCCAAGAUGCUGGCCCGCCUGCUGAAGAGCUCCCACCCUGAGGACCUCCGAGCAGCCAACAAACUCAUCAAGGAGAUGGUGCAGGAGGACCAGAAGCGGAUGGAAAAGAUCUCGAAGCGGGUCAGUGCCAUUGAAGAGGUGAACAACAAUGUGAAGCUGCUGACGGAGAUGGUGAUGAGCCACAGCCAGGGCGGCGCCACGGCCUGCAGCAGCGAGGACCUCAUGAAGGAACUCUACCAGCGCUGCGAACGGAUGCGGCCCACACUCUUCCGACUGGCCAGUGACACAGAGGACAAUGACGAGGCCUUAGCGGAGAUCCUGCAGGCUAACGACAACCUCACCCAGGUCAUCAACCUGUACAAGCAGCUGGUGAGGGGCGAGGAGGUCAACGGUGAUGCCGCAUCUGGCUCCAUCCCCGGGAGCACCUCGGCCCUCUUGGACCUCUCAGGCCUGGAUCUCCCUCCUACCAGCACCACCUACCCAGCCAUGCCCACCCACCCUGGUGACCAGGCCAGCCCUGAGCAGCCCAGCGCCUCGGUUUCCCUGCUUGAUGAUGAGCUCAUGUCUCUGGGCCUAAGUGACCCUGCACCCCCUUCAGGCCCAAGUUUGGACGGUGCUGGAUGGAACAGUUUCCAGUCCUCCGACAGCACAGAACACCCAGCCUCUGCUCCGGCCCCUAGCGUGGACAGUCAGCCCCCAACGCAGACGUCCCUGCCAGCAAGCAGUGGUCUGGAUGACCUGGACCUCCUGGGGAAGACCCUCCUGCAGCAGUCGCUGCCCCCCGAGUCCCAACAAGUGCGGUGGGAGAAGCAACAGCCAGCUCCCCGGCUUACACUCCGGGACCUGCAGAAUAAAAGCAGCUUGUCCAGCUCCAGCGCCACCAGCCUCCUCCACCCCGUGUCCCCUGAGCCUCCGGGACCUCCGCGGCAGCCCACACCACCUGAGCUCUCACUGGCCAACAUCACUGUGCCCCUGGAGUCCAUCAAACCUAGCAGCAUCUUGCCGGUGACGGUGUAUGACCAGCAUGGCUUCCGGGUCCUCUUCCACUUUGCCCGGGACCCGCUGCCCGGGCGCUACGAUGUGCUGGUGGUGGUGGUUUCCAUGCUGAGCACUGCCCCCCAACCCAUUCGCAACAUCGUUUUCCAGUCAGCUGUCCCCAAGGUCAUGAAAGUGAAGCUGCAGCCACCCUCGGGCACCGAGCUGCCAGCCUUCAGCCCCAUCGUCCACCCCACAGCUAUCACCCAGGUCCUGCUCCUUGCCAACCCCCAGAAGGAGAAGGUUCGCCUCCGCUACAAGCUCCUCUUCACCAUGGGCGACCAGACCUACAACGAGAUGGGGGAUGUGGACCAGUUCCCCCCACCUGAGACCUGGGGGAGCCUCUAGAACAGAGAGGGGCUGGGGAGAGGAGGAGGCUAUGGGACUGGCCACUGUCUGGCCUGGGAGGGAGGCUGUGGUGGCCCAGGAUACCCGUUGUGCCCAUGCCCAUGUCCCCUGGGCCUGGUGCUUCUCCCCUCACCCCUGCGGCCCCUCUUUCCUUGCCCGCACCCCUGCUGCGCCAAACCCAAAGAGGCUGGGCCUGGGUCUGCACUGCUGGGACCCUCACCAAGGUGGGAGCCUGGAGCCGGGACGGGUUGCAAGGCCCUGAAAGGACUUGGGGUCAUGGGAAAGAAGCAUGGUUAUCAGGCAAGGGCCAAGAUCUCAGGCCCAGCCCUGACCCCAGCCUGGGGUGGGGUCAUCCCCACCUGUCUCUUAUGCCUUAUGGGAAGGCCCAGCCAUAACUUGGGGGCCAUGCUGGAGCUGGGGACCAGCUCAGGCCUCUGCCAUAGGAACUGGGUGACGGAGUGGGGGUGACAUCUGCACCCCCAACUGUUUGCACUCUCUGGUGUGUGGUUUGACUCUUCAUUUUUAUUUCUGAGUGGCCCUGUGGUCACCAUCUCACGAGGCCCAGUUGAGGGAGCCCUGCCUGCCUCUACUCCUCCUGGGGGUCUCACUCCACCCUCCUGGCCCCUUCACUGUCAGGCCUCCUGAGGGGCCCUGGGGGCCAUGUGGCUGCUGGCUGAGGAUCAUACCAGAGGCUGGGGACCCCAACUGGGGGCUCCGGGGCCUCUGGCCAAGGGAGGACGUGCACUGGACUCUCAGUGUUUCUCCUUCCUUCAUUGGCCUUUGCUGGGGCCUCCUGUGGGUGUCUCACCUGUCUGUCCACCUGUUGUCCAUGGGUAGAAGUGGGGUCAGUGUGUGAAUGAGAGCAGGAGUAUUUAUGGAAAUAAAACAUCCUUUUUCCUGGA